AUGCCCAUGAAUGACAUCAUCACUACAAAUGAGAAGUGGAACCUUGAUAACUGCACAGUGGCCACAUGCCAUGGGAACAACAUUGUUACUCUUGAACAAGUGACAUGCCCUGUUGCAGAGAAAGUAACAUGUGCUACUGGUUCUAAGCCUAUUGUGGUAUACAGCCUUAAUGGUUGUUGUUAUCAUUAUGAAUGUCAAGGUGUCUGUGUUGUAAUGGACAACAACCAGUACAUGACCUUCGAUGGGACCACAUAUGAAUUUGUCAACAACUGUACCAACAUUCUAGUGCAAGAGAUCAAUGAGCAAUAUAACCACUUUCUGAUCCUUGCAAAAAAUGACUACUGCAGUGAAGCCAAUAGUGCAAGCUGUCCACAAAUGAUCAUUAUUUCUUUUGAAAACAAUAUAGUGACAUUGAUGCGCUCCAUGAAAAAUGGUGCAAUGAACAAACAGAUUAUGUUCAACCAGAAGAUUGUAUCCCCUGGAUUUACAAAGGAUGGCAUCACCAUAUCCAGUACUGUGAUUGACAUUGUUGUGAAUAUUGCAGCUUUAAAAGCUCACAUUAUCUUUAGUGACACACUGUUUAUGUUAACAUUACCUCUGAGUACGUUUCUUAACAGCACCGAAGGUCUGUGUGGAACUUUUACCAAUAACAGAUCAGAUGAUUGCCUUUUUCCAGAUGGAACAUAUGCUUCAGAGUGUUCCCAAAUAGCUCCAUUCUGGAACUUUAACAACAUUACAGAUCCAAUCUGCAGCCAGGCACUCCCCCUUAACACUACUGAACAAACACCUACAAUAACUACUUGUAUUGAAACUAAUUUAUGUGACAUCAUAAACAGCUCGGUCUUUGCUCCAUGUCAUGAAAACAUCCCACCGGACACUUACUUCCAGAUGUGUUUGAAAAAAGCCUGUCAAACUGAUGAUGAGAUUAACCUCUGCUCCAUUUUAGAAAGCUAUGCCAGACAGUGCCAGCUGCAGGGAACGUGUGUAGAUUGGCGAAACAGUACUGGAAACAUGUGUGCAUGUAUUGGUCCUGAUGGAAUGCCUAAAAUGCCUGGGUCAUCCUGGAUUACUGGCUGCUAUGACUGUAUUUGUGAGAUGAACUCAGUGACUGUGCAAUGCCAGCCAGUCCAGUGCGCUACACCAGUCACUCCCCCUUGCACAAAUGCUGGCUAUGCUGUAGUUGAAGUCAAAGAUCCACUUCAACCAUGCUGUUCUAAGUUUGAAUGCCGAUGCAAUACAAGCUUAUGCCAAAAUACAACAACAACAGAAUGUCCUCUUGGGUUCCAGUUAACAGUCCCUGUUUAUGCAAAUGGAGAGUGCUGUGUUAUUAAUGAAUGCAAACCUAUGAAUGUUUGUGUGGAAAAUGGGACAAUAUAUCUGCCUGGAGAGUCAUGGAACAUGCCUGGCAAUAACUGUUCCUACCAUGUAUGUGAAGCAAGAGAAGACCACGUCAUUCUUACCACAGUGCAAACACUCUGUGCAGUCUUAAGUCAAAGUGACUGUGGGAUGCCUGGUGAAGUCUGGUCUCCAUCAGAUAAUCCUUGUGUAAUUCAUGAAUGUGUUCAAAAGGUUGACACCGUUUAUUUGGAUUCCAAACAAAAACUCUGCAUAAUUAACUGUGGGCCGCCAGGAGAAACUUUCAUUCCUCCAGACAACCCCUGUAUCAAAUAUAUUUGUAGCCAGGCAGAUGGACUGGUGGCUGAGAAGACUGUGUGCCCAAAGUUUGAUGCUGCAGAUUGCAAAGAGGGUACAAGCAAUAUGACUGCUGAUGGCUGCUGUAUGACUUGUGAAAUGCAGGAUCUGGUUCUUGAAUCUGCAACAACGUUUAAUUAUGAUAGUCACUAG